AGAAAGUGUUGACGAUUCCGCGUGAUGAUUUAGAGUUACGAAUUUUACAUCAUAAAUUACUUUUUCGGUGACAGCAUAACAGUUCCAUCAUCUAUGACUUUACAUCAUGUAAGUCACCGUGAAUGUUAUUUUGAUUUGUUGAACUAUAUACAUAGAAUCAUUUUCGCGUAAUUUUACGUCAAGUAAAUAUUUUCUUUCUCGUACGAGUUGAAUUUAUACGUUUCGAUUGACGUUCCUACGGACAUAGUUUUAUUUCAUUUUUUACAUAAAAGUGCAAGUGAAUUUGAAACGUAAUUUGGUGGUACCUAUUUUCAAUAUUAUCAAAUGGUGUAAACAUAACAAAAGAUUCCAGAACGUAAUUCAGAGUACCUACCUACAUUCGAGUGGUUACGAUUUCCUGCGUGUGGUGGCAUUCGAGUUUCGAAAAAUGCACCGUUUCAGUAGCAACGUAGUAUUAGUUCUGCUAAUUUACACAAAUUUACCAUUCAUUAGCGGCAAUAAUGACACAAAAGAAUCAAUUCUAGAGAAACCACCGGCCGCUGGAACGUCCAGAUUACCAUCGUCGCUUCAAAAUUUCGUAAUUAAUUCGACGAAUUUGGAAGAAGAGGCGACCAUCGUUGAUAAAAAAAUCAGCCAAAAUGUCAAAGAGGUGCGCGAACCGCCGGAAUUCGAGGAACCGCCGAGAAAAAAACCAUCGAUUCAAAGUACCAAUUCGUCUUUCGAACCUUCUGCAAAAUCUUCGAACGAAAACUACAUUACGAUUGGAAAUCAUAAAUUCAAAUCUAAUGGAAAUUACGAAUCCGGGUUCACGCCUUUUGUACCGAGUCCGCAAUUCAGCGAGGAAACUAUUUCGGCGCCUUUUUACCAAGACGGUGAUGCAGCCUUUAAGACCACCGAUCAUUUUAAAGCGAGUGCUGUGGUCAAACACGAGCAUUUUUAUUCGCCAACUUCGAGCAGCGGUUACGACGGAGCAAUUCGCAAUAAUUACAUUAAUUUACCAUAUUCUAAAUUUCAUCACGAAAAAUUACCCUACGUGACGACUUUCGCUCCUCCGAAAAUCAACCCCAUGCAGCGUCCGAAUUUGUAUUACGAUUAUCAUAAAGAUAAAAAGUAUCCUUACAUUCAUCCGGCUCCGGUCGAAGAAUAUGGAAAAAAUAGCGAUUUCACCAGUCCGGAAUUCCAGCAUAAUAAAUUUCCAGCUGAUUUUCACGGUCAUAAUGAUUUCUUGGCGAACGGUGCGCCAGUCGACGAUGGGUUUUUUCAUCAUUACCCCAAACCAAUAUAUAGCGGAAAACCAUACCACAAAAGUCACGGAUUAUGGCAAAUAUUAGCCACUUUACUUCCAAUCGGGUUAUUCUUAACAGCUCUACAGCCGAAAGUGAUUUUCAUCAAUUCCACCAACCCUCAGGCUCCAAAUGGAGUGAAACCAUUUUUCAGAUUGGCUGAUGACAACUUUCAAAGUACUGAUGCCAACGUAGUUUUGUACAAUUUAGUAGCAAAUGCGGGUUUAACUCCUUCAAACGAUGUAACGUGCAAUAAGAUGAAAAUCUGUCAAGCGGCUGCUGCAGGAUCUGGAUCCAGUGAGCAGAGCAAUUUUGCCGAAUACAGUUUAUGGUAUUUAGUAUCAAGAUCAACAUCUUCAAUAAGAAAGAAAUUACAUCUGGAAGAUGUAUUCGAGGCGGUGCAAACGCGACAAUGUGAACAAUUUUCCUGCUUGGAAGAGACUACUACCACACAAAAAAAUCAAACGUAACCGGCUAAAAUAUGUUAACAGUUCAGAUCAUUCAAUAUAGUUGUUCCCCAUAAACCUCAACGAUUAAGAAGAAAUGAAAGUCACCAUAAGAACAUUAGUAAAUAUUUACUUUCUCUUCGUACAACUGAAGAAGAAGAAAAAAAAACAAAUCGCAUUAUUAAAAAAUUCUUCAUAAUGUUGAAUAUGGUUUUUAAUAAUUAUUCGACUAAGAUAUAUAGGUACGAUAAUUUUUCAUUCAAUUGGAGCAUAGCUUUGAAAACCACUCGUCUUUGUUUUUUUUUUGGCCAUCCUGUAAGUUUUUUUUCCCUUCACAAAACAUGUACGGAUAGACCAUACCACCAGUAUAUAGGUAUAGAUGUAGGUAAUAGGUCUAGGUACUUAACAGUAUGCACCAUAAUUACCAAUGCAUAUAGGUAAGUACUGCUCUAAGUACUUGUUUAGCUUUUUGAAUGAAAUUUUGAACUGAAUAAAGUAGAAAUAGCUACUUCAGUUAUUUAUGAA